AUGAACGCGUCUGGUGUGCCUGCCCGUGAGAACAUUCCAAUCACCUCUUUUCGCUCACCCAACCCACCCAACCUCCUCCAUCAACUUAUCACAACAAUGUCUGGCAAAGGAAAAGCUGGCAAGUCUUCCGGAAAGGUUGGAAGCGACUCAAAAUCCCAGUCACGCUCGUCAAAAGCUGGCCUCCAAUUCCCCGUCGGUCGUAUUCAUCGUCUGUUGAAGCGGGGUAAUUACGCACAGCGUGUUGGUGCCGGUGCUCCAGUCUAUCUCGCCGCUGUCCUUGAGUACCUCGCUGCUGAGAUCCUCGAGCUGGCUGGCAAUGCUGCACGCGACAACAAGAAGCAGCGUAUUGUUCCCCGUCAUCUCCAGCUCGCCAUCCGUAACGACGAAGAGUUGAACAAACUUCUCGGCGACGUCGUCAUCAGCCAGGGUGGUGUCGUUCCCUUCAUCAACCCAGAACUCCUGCCCAACAAGUCCGGCAAGGGCAAGAAGGAGGGUGCUUCCCAGGAAGUCUAG